UUUUUUUUUGUUAUUAUUCCUUUCCUUUUCUUCUCUUCUUCCCUUUCUUUCUUUCACUUGGUUUCGUUCAAAAAAUCGGAGAUAUACGUUUCAUAACUCAGUAACAAUGCCUACCCUACUAUUCACCAACAGUUCACUAGAGCGUUUAUCUGACAACGAAAAGUCUUCCACUGCUACAUCGUUUACUUUAACAAAGGAAAAUCAAGUAAGGAGGAACCUCGAACAACAACUCAAACAAGGAUCUAUACGUGCAGCCGUUGAAUUAUCUUUGAUGAUGAGUUUUAAGCACGAUGUAUCAACAGCCACAGAGUGUUAUCGGUGCGAUAAAUUGGCAAAGUAUUACCUUGCUGCGUUUCGUUUUGCAAAGAAUGCCCAACCGAUUGAAUGCAAUCCAACACUACUUCAACUGGUACAACAAGCAAUCGAGCUUGUACAAAGCCAUGCUGAUAUUGGCAGAGUGCACCACCUACCAUGGUUGCCAAUGAUAAUGGAUGAGCUACGCGAAUUAUGUAAACAGAUAAAGGAAGAGAGUCGUGAUUCAGACAGAAUUGUACCUUUGCCUUUGCGUACUGAUAUGGAGGAGGAGGAGGAGGUAGAAGAAGACGCAGAAGAAGAAGAAGAAGGAGGAUCAGAGAUGUAUUAUUCAUCGGGUUAUAAUUCAAGGAUGAAGGAUAGCUUUGCUCGUGCCAUCCGUAUUUCAAUUUACCAUUGUCGUGCUUCAUUUUGCGAGGAUUUGGAUUCAAACAAAGCUAUCACUUAUUAUCGAAAAUGUUUAUCUGUGCGUCCCUCAACCGUGUCAGAAGCCAAGAAACUUCAAAGUUCUGCUAAGGUAGCCCUUCGGCAUUUAAUUGCCGACCGAUACAACAAAUAUGCAGGAACAGCAACAGAAACUCGUCCUCAUCUUCCUUCAAGAACUUCUUCUGUUUCGAGUGGCGCAUCUUCAUCUUGUUCAAUGGCUUGCGCUAAUUGUGGUGUAGAGAAAAGAGGCAUGCCGGUUUGCUCUAAAUGCAAAUCAACGUAUUAUUGUACUGUUCGAUGUCUGAAGGCCCACAAGGCUGUACAUGAUCUGGAAUGCAAUCAUUAACCGAUGUUUUUGCUUUGCUUGCAUAAAUAUGUCCUAAUUUUCUACUUUUAAAGCAAACUUAAAAUACUUUAGUAACAUUUCACUGUUUCGUACGUGUAUAAGAGAGAAGUUUUUCUGUUCCUAAAAAAAAUAAUAAUAAUACCCCUCUCAAUCCCUUCAAAUGUGAUGGAAACACAUGAUCAACGGGCACGGCAUGUUUUUGUUAUACCUCGACAGAAAGGCAUUU